AACAACAUUUGCACUCUACAGUUCCGCAUUGUGGUUAUCAUGCAGUCAUUCACAGCCAAUACGAGAUCGAUCGACUAGAGCCGAGGAACACAAUUUUGUCUAUUUGAAAAGUUAGCUGUCAUAAACACAAAUGAUUACUAUACCGUUUAGCUCAGUUGAAGUGAUGAUUAGGUUGUGAGUUAGUGAUGGAGAACAUUGAUGAGACACCGUUUCGGAUCACCCGUACCGUCCAAGCUCUGGGCUCCGCACUACGGGGAGAGCCUGAAAAUGUUCCCGAUGCCGGUCAGGGUAGCGGGGACAGAAUCUCGAGUGAGCCGGAGAAGCUUUGGUUUAAAGAAAGCAGCUCUAAGAAUCUCCAAAACAGGGACUUCUUGUCACCCACUACUGUGCUGAAUACGCUUUAUGCAGACGGACAGGUUCCCCCAGUAGUGAUGGGUAGAGUGCUGUCUCUGAAAGGGUGUGGGGUUCUCCCUGUGGCUGGUGGGGAGGUCAUGGGAGAGGGGCUGAGGGUGCGGGUCGACCGGAUUGCUGCGUUUCAGAAGGUCCUGAGUGACGCGUCGGUAUACCUGAAGCCUCCUUGCCAGAGACAGAGGUGUGUGAUGCUCAACUGCCCCGCCCUGCACCCCAAACCAAAUUUACCCUCCCCUGACACCCUCACGCUGGGGCAACUACGCACUGUGCUGCUGACUGACCACUUAGGGGCGCUACUGAGGAGACAGGGGUUUACUGUGUCCUGCUGCCCUGUGCUGCCUGAAGAUAGCAACAUCAUCGUCUUCCUCCGAAUACUUGGCGUCGAUUGGCCGUCAGUGCCGGUCAGCUGGACCAAUGACGAGAGAGAGGAGAAGAUGUUGGAGGCUUUACAGAAUUCCCCAUACAAAGAAAGAGAGGAGACAGAUGGAGGAAGGAGAGAGAGUGAAGGAAAGAAGAUGGAGGGAGAGAAGGAGUGGGGGACGCUCAGGGUGAACUUGAAGAGGGUGUUUCAGGAGGAGCAGCUGCCAGGGUAUGACCCCAGCCUUGGUACCUGUACAGUGCAUAGAGACAGUGUGUCUCAUCUGGCCCAACUGGACAGGGCUACUGCAGACUGCACAGUAUCCACAGCAACUGCGGUACAUGUCACUUCCUGUCAGGAUGAGUUCCGUCAGCAGCAGAUAGCGAUGCUAUGGAGAGCCAGCGGUGCAACAGUGACACAGAGGCAUCUAGUUUGUGGACCGGUGAAGACUCCUGGAAGUCACCUCAGUGCAGCCCAGUAUCUCCAACUGAGAAGAGUGCAGAUGAAGGAGGCCUCAGAGAUGAAGUACGGCGAACAAGUCAAAGGCCAGAGUUGGGAUGACAUCAUCAAGGUCAUGACCUCAGCCACUGUGAGGUUUGAGCUACUCUCAACGGUCCAUAUGAGCCCGGUCACCCUGGACGUGCAGAGGGAAGGCAGUGUGUCCACCAAAGGCCCCAGAGGCGGAGUCUUCGUCAUGUACAACUGUGCUCGGCUCCACACCCUCUUUGACAGUUACGAGCGAGGCAUGGAGAAGGGACUUUACCCUGAAAUCCCAGAGGGCUCCCAGUUGGACUUCUCAGCUCUAAAAGAAGAGGGGGAGUGGCUUCUUCUGUUCAAUUACCUCAUUCCAUUCUCUGAGCUUCUCGACCAAUCAGGACAGGCGUUGGAGUGUGAUGGAGGAGGGGCCAGAGUCAACCUGAAGACUGAACAGAUCUGCAAGUUCRUGGUGUCUCUCAGUAAGGAUUUUAGCUCCUAUUACAACAGAGUCCACGUCCUUGGGGAGCCGUUGCCUCACCUCUUCAAUCAGAUGUUCUGUCGGCUGCAGUUGUUGAGAGCACUGAGAGAGCUCUACCAUCGCGCGUUGGAUACUCUUCACCUUCCUCCCAUCCGGCAGCUAUAGCCACAAAUACCCUAACUAUAGCCCCAACAAAUGCCCCCAAAAUACCCUAACUGUAGCCCC